GGUUACAUUGUAGCUGGCGGGGAGCGCCGCGCCGAGGGGGGGACGGGGUCCGCCGCACGUGUGAAGGGGGCCAAGGCACUUGCGUGUGCUGGGGACGCCCCCUUCCUUGUCCUUCUCCUCAAGCCGGAUUCAGGCAUUCGGGUCCGCCUGCCAGCCGCUCCCCUGCCGCCUCCUGCCGCCUGGCAUACCGGCUCUGGCCGGGCCCCCUCCAGCCAGGCCGGCCGAGCCCAUGGCCGGCGGGGGGUGGCCGGUGCCCGGCGGCGAUUUCUUGUCCCCUCAGCCGCCGCCUUCUCAACCCGAGCAGACGGCACAGGCCCCCGCGGCGGAGCCCGACCUGGACCGCUGGCGGCAGUACCAGGAAAGCGACCGGCACUGGGCGCUGCGCAGGCAGUUCAUCCUCCGCAACCUGCCCGACUACCCAGGUGCGGGGAUCGAGAAGCUACUCUCCUUCUCCCAUGUCUGGACCAACCACAUCUUCAUGGGAUGCAGGUAUGGCACGCAGGUUAUGGAGAAAAUCCUUCAGAUGGCCGAAGGGAUUGACAUUGGUGAGAUGCCAUCGUUCGAGUUGGUGCCCAGCUCUAAGGCAACAAAAAGGCCACACUUGUCCUUUGAUGAUUCUCCUCGCAGUUCUGAACCUCCAAGAAAACAGCCUCCCAAAUUCCGCGUCAGACCUCGUUUUGAGCCCAUACAUUUUGUAGCCAGCAAUGCAAAAGAUGGAGGAAAGGAACAGCUUUCCGAAAACGAAACACAGGAUGUCAGUGAGAAUAUCACAACCCAGCAGAUACAAAACUACGCAGAUCGGGUCUUCAGCAGCUUCAGUACACAGGAUGGGGACCCCCAGUUUUCCAGUUCUGUGGGUUUGGGCUAUGCAAGUAGCCAAGCCAACCAAGUAGGAGCCAACAUGGUUUCCAACAGCAAAGACACGUCCACAAGUGUUGGUGCAGCAGCUUCAGCCUCUCCCUCCACUCUCCAGUCCACCUCUGAAACGUUCCCCAAAUCAGUUGUAACAGCCAAGCAGUGUUUCAUUAACAAACUUGUAGCAGCCGUGCGUAAGAACCUUGCAAACCCCAACUGGCCUGAUAAAAUUAACUACACUUACCUUUUGACACGAUCCAUACAGGCUUGCAAGACAAAUCCUGAGUAUAUUUAUUCUCCUUUGAAAGAAAUUUCUCCUGGUGACCUCCCCAAGAACAAGAAACUUCUGAAAGAAGGUUUUGCAUGUGAGGUGAGAUGUCAGAAUGUGUAUUUGACCACGGGAUAUGCUGGGAGCAAAAACGGUUCCAGAGACCGAGCUACGGAACUAGCAGUAAUGCUGCUACAAAAGACUGUGGAAGUCAAAGUGGCGCAGCGGAAGUUCAAGAACACCACUCGUGAGGAUUUGGUGCUGUGUGAGAGUGGCACAUCUCCAGAAUUCCCACCAGCUCUCAAACAGCUAGAUGACUUUAUUGCUGCCAUGAAGGACUGCGCACCUGGGCAGCCAAAUUCAGAUCCACAACAGGGCCCCAGUUCAACUAAACAUUGGACUAACUUUGUUCUCACAGAAAAUGCCAGUGACGCUAUCGGGAUAUUGAACAACUCAGCCUCCUUUAACAAAAUGACCAUUGAAUACAAAUAUAUCUUGAUGCCGAACCGCCUGUGGCGCUGCAAGGUCUAUCUGCAAGACCACUUUUUAGCUGAAGGUUAUGGCACCAAGAAGACCAGUAAGCAUGCUGCUGCAGACGAGGCACUGAAAAUUCUUCAGAAGAAUCAGUCCAGUGCAGGAGCCACCAAGACUGUCCAGGUUCAGAAAGUAGGCAAUGCUGGACGGGAUCCUGCGAAGAAGAAAGAUCUGAAAGAUCUUGUUGUUUAUGAGAACUCUAUGAAUCCUGUGUGUACAUUGAAUGACACAGCUCAGUUCAACAAGAUGACUGUGGAGUAUGUCUUUGAAAGAAUGACAGGGAUGCGGUGGAAAUGCAAGGUGAUGCUUGAGAACGAACUAAUUGCUGAAGCCAUUGGAGUUAAGAAGACUGUCAAGCACGUGGCAGCUGAAGAAGCAGUGAAGGUCCUCAAAAAGACCCAGCCAACUGUUGUAAACAACCUGAAAAAAGGCACCAUUGAAGAUGUAAUUUCAAGAAAUGAGAUCUGUGGUCGCUCAGCAGAAGAAGCUUUGAAACAGCAGAUCAAGGAAGACAACAUUGGGAAUCAGAUUUUAAGGAAAAUGGGCUGGACAGGUGGUGGCUUGGGCAAAAGCGGGGAAGGGAUUCGGGAACCCAUUGCUGUGAAGGAGCAGUUCAAAAGAGAAGGACUUGGGCUUGAUGUUGAAAGAGGAUCAAAAAUUACCAAGAAAGAUAUUGAGCAGAUCAUCCAGAAUUAUGCCUUCUCAGAUAGUAAGAUUGAUCUGACUUUCUCCACAGAACUGACUAAUGAUGAGCGCAAACAGAUACAUCAGAUAGCCCAAAAAUAUGGGCUUAAGAGUAAAUCUCAUGGCCAAGGUCGUGAUAGGUAUUUGGUGGUUAGCCGAAAGAGACGCAAAGAAGACUUGUUAGACCAGCUAAAGCAAGAUGGUCAAGUUGGCCAUUAUGAACUCAUCAUGCCCCAGGAUAAAUAAGGUCUGAGCAUCACAUUUCUUUCAGGGAUGUCCAUAUACAGAAUUCCCUAUUAAACACAAAGAAGGCUGCAUAUGGUUGUGGGCUGGAUUUUUUAAAUUUUUUAUUUGCUCAUUUAAUUUCUAAAACUUAAAUUAGAAAAAAGGUUAGAACAUUAAAGUCUGUCCAGACAUACUUAGUGCAGUCCGGAUAUCAUUAGUGCAAUUAACUGUUGUAUGAAGUCUUGGAAAUGACCUAUUCCAUAUUUUACUAGUUUUAUAUUAAUAGCAACAACACAUCCAGCCAGAGGGAAAUUUCACACCAUUUUUUUAAAAAAGGAUAAUUUCCUUGUCUUUUUAUUUUACCUUUUUAAAAAAUAAAGUUUUAAAAAAAUGAGAAAAGAUGACAGUAUGAAGAAAAGUAUAUGUAAAGUUGGUAUUAAUAAAUAGAAUUUUAUCUCCAGGUAUGCAAGGAAGAGCAUGUUUUGUACUUAAAAUUUGGGUUCUUUCAAGAGGAAAAACGUUUUUAGUAUUUUCAAAAGGCAACAUUGUUACAGUACUUAGUGUUGGUUUACCCAGCACAAGUGUUCUGCACUUGCACCAUCCAGAUCUUGAAACUGGCAGUAAGAACAGAAUCAGUAUGUCAGGGAAUUUCAGCUUUUAUCUUUUAAAAUCCAACUGCAAAAGCGAGCCAAAGUUAAGCACUGCUGUGUGGUGAAGAUUACAAAUGACAUCCUGUUGAGUUUCCAUGGGAGAUGUACAUAACACUCCCACUGAAGUCAAUGGGCCUUAAACAGGACAGCCUUGUACCCCAAGUUUCUAGUUCUCUGGGAUGUAAACACAGGUUUUAAAGUUUAUGUGCUGCAUCCUGUAAAAGACAUGGGAGAGGAACAAAAUAAGCAAGCACAGGCAAGUGUGCUUUAUAGCAUAAUUUUUACAAGUUCCAGAUUCUGUGAUACUUUGGCAUGAAAUAGUCGUGUGUGUAUGUGAACAUGCACAACUCUGGCUUUUCCUUUACCAGCAGGCAUCUGCUUUCUAAAAUCAUCUUGACAGUAAGAUUCAAUUUGAGAAGAGUUCUUCACAUUCCCUGUUGACCAGUGAAGUAUUAAGUCAACCCUUCUUUUUAGUCACUUUUGGUGGGGUGUUUGCUUGUUUCUCUUCGUAGCCUCCAAUGACUUUGUUUUCUUAUGCUUCCUUUGUGUACAUGUGCUUGUAUACCUGCUGGGGAGAGCAACUAGUAAAAGGUUCUCUCUUGCUACUUGUAGCGUGUGUGGUUGAGUGUGGAAUGUUUUCUGACUUCUCAGUUUUGAUGUAAAGAAAUUUCCCUUUUUCUUGUUCAAAACUAGACCAUUGUGAGGUGUUCCUUUCAGGUACAGAAGCCUUUAAGGAAAAAUGGGCUUGUUUAGUGCAAGAAAUUAUAGCCGCAACCUUUCAUUUAGUGGUUCUGCUUUAUUUUCUGCUUACCGUGGUCCUGUUAGGAACAGUCCAUUAUUUUUGUAACCAGGAACCUAUGAAGUUACUUCAUAUCAAGGCAGACCAUCUAGGUCGUAUCCAUCUUGCUCAGAAUUUUCUGCUAUGGUUACCAGUGGCUCUGAACCAGAGAAAGGCUUCUCCUAGCACAUGCUGUCUUGAUGUCACUACACUAGAAAUUGAAUCUGGGAUCUUCUGUAUGUUCUACAACUGAGCCCUUCACAACAGAUAGCAGGGUUAUUACUUGAUUAAAGAAUUCAAACAAUGAUGAGAAGCAAGUUGGCAUUGAUUCAUUAUGUAUAGACAGU